AUGCCCGAGCUUCCGCCUGAGAAAAAUGGCUUCACAGACAUCACUCCUUGCAUUAUAACAAGUCUCAUGAUCAAUGAAGUGCAAUUAUCGCCACAGCUCCUGGAUCCAGCCACCUCGUUAGAAGACCGCGAGAAUCGGAUCAAGUUCGUGGGGAAAGCUCUCCACGAACAAUAUCUCAACCAUUUCAACCUGGGAAUUCCAAUGCAUUGGGUAUUGGCCACAAUCACUCGCCUUCACCUAUCGAAAUCAUGGGUCUCGACACAUUCACAACAUUCAUCCUCAGGCUCAGGUGAGCAGCAAUCACAAUACAUGGACUUGGUGUUUCUCACUGCCGUUGAACUUGUCGAAUUCGCACAUUUCCUACAGACCAAUUAUGUUACCGCACAAUGGAGCUGGCUCUGUAGCAGUUACAAGCAAAAGGAGACCAUUUCUUACAUCCUCGACGAGUUACGCGCUCGCCCACCAAGUCCUGAAACAGAUCGUGCUUGUGAGGUGGUGACCAGAACAACUUCCCUGUGGAGACAAUGUCUCCUCGGCACUGCUGGUGAACUCGAAACGCCUUUGCUUGGGCUGAUCCAGCGUGCUGAUCUGCUACGAGAGGGGAAACUGGAAAGACAGAUGGAUGUUUCCGAAUCAUACAGAAAUCCAUCCACUCUUGCAUGGCUUCAGGGAAUCUGGCCCUAUCAAGACAUAAAUGAACUAUGA